AUGACGCUACAUGACAACAUUUUUGGUACCGCCCACGCUGCUACUACUCGGGCGGGUGACCACUGUGCACACGACAAAUCACGCCCCAACGACAAACACGGUGACACAGUUCUCAUUCCACCUUCAGCGAGCCGAAAGCCUACAAUCCUCGUCUUGACAGAGCAGAAUCCUGUCCUCGAAAAGAAGCCACAUCACAUCGCUGCUGACAACAAUAAUCCGUUCGGUCUCAUCAUUACCAACACCCGUGGCAAACCCGACAACUUACCCCGCAACAGCGCCUGCUACAAUAAUAGCGCAAGAUCCACUCAUGACGACAACCACAGCAGCCGGUCUGCUCAGCUUGCGCUUGCUAUCAAUGUGUCUGUCAAAAACAAUGUCAGCAUUAUCUUUGCCGACGACACUGUGAAAGAGCUCAGCAACAGAAAACCAACAGUCUCCUUCACGACGUGUGUUACAGAUGCGACACCAUCUACGUAUGCCUACAUGUCACCAUUGGUCGCAUAUGACAAACAACCACCCACUUCAACUUUUCUCGUCUCAAACAACAACAAUUAG